CUCAACGUUAAAAGGGUGGAAAGAAUGAACGUUUUAAGUCUCGUCAUUUGAAGAUAUUGAGCCGAUUGUGUACUUUAAUAAUCGAGAUUGCCUUUAAAGUGAAUUACAGCCGUAUUUUCCCCAGAGAUAAGGCUGAGUUAGCUGCACAACCUGCUGAUCCAGCAGCACUUCUCUAGACUCUCGUCAUCGUCUCUCUCUGUGGCUGAGGUAACUGCCACAGCGCCACAAUGCGGAGGUGUAAGAACUGCGGUGGGACGGAUGUGGACGUGGACCAGGCUCGCGGCGAUGCCGUGUGUAUGGGCUGUGGCUCCGUGCUCGAGGACAACAUCAUCGUCUCGGAGGUGAUGUUCGUGGAGAGCAGCAGCGGAGCCUCGUCUGCGGUCGGCCAGUUCGUGGCCUCAGACUCUGUGGGCAAUGUCCCGUCUCUGGGUGGAAACUACACAGGGAUGGGAAAAGAGUCCAGAGCACAGACGUUACAGAACGCGAAGAGGAAUAUUAAUCACCUGGGCCAUCAGCUGCAGAUGAACCAGCACUGUCUGAACACGGCCUUCAACUUCUACAAGAUGGCUCUGUGUAAACGUCUGACACGAGGGAGGAAGUCGGCCCACGUCAUCGCCGCCUGCCUCUACCUGGUGUGCAGGACGGAGGGAACGCCUCACAUGCUGCUGGAUCUCAGCGAUCUGCUGCAGGUCAAUGUGUAUAUUCUGGGAAGAACGUUCCUGGUGCUGGCUAGAGAACUCUGCAUCAACGCUCCAGCCAUAGAUCCGUGUCUGUACAUCCCUCGCUUCGCCCAAAUGUUGGAAUUCGGUGAGAAAAGCCACGAGGUGUCCAUGACAGCGCUGAGACUCGUGCAGAGGAUGAAGAGGGACUGGAUGCACACAGGACGAAGGCCUUCGGGGCUCUGUGGAGCAGCUCUGCUGGUGGCUGCCCGUAUGCACGAGUUCCAUCGCACCAUCAAAGACGUGAUCGGUGUUGUUAAAGUGUGUGAGGCCACGCUGAGGAAGAGGUUGAGCGAGUUUGAGGACACGCCCACCAGCGAGCUGACCAUUGACGAGUUCUUGAAGGUGGAUCUGGAUCAGGAAUGUGACCCUCCCUCGUUUAAAGACGGACAAAGGAAGCUUCGUCUGCAGAAGAUCGAGGAGGAACUGGCUAAGAAGAUCGAUGACGUUCAGGGUGAAAUCUGUGGCUAUCAGGACGAGAUUGAAAAUGAACUGGAGAGCAAUCGACCAAAAUCCAAAGGGAUAUAUGCGGCUUAUGCGGAAAACGAUGACAUCAUUUCUCACACAUCGUCUGGCGUGUGUGAUCUUGAUGAUGAAGCAGAGGAUGAAGAUCUGCGUGCAGCGGCGUCUCACCUGAACACCGAUCUGCCUCGCGCCAGCGACGGAGAGGAGAGCAAAGAGGAGAGACGGGACACAACGGAGGAAGAGCGAGACUCUCCACCCAAGCGCCCGUCUCUGGAGGCUCUGCUCGGGUCGCUGCCCACCGCCGCCAGCCUCGGCUUGUCCGACUCCAUCCAGAAGUGUGUUGGAGAGGAGAAGGAGAACGAGCAGACGGCGGACGGCGGUGAGCUGGACCUGAGUGGGAUCGACGACGACGAGCUCGAGUUUUACAUUCUUAAUGAGAAGGAGGUGAAGGUUAAAACUGAGCUCUGGAUGCAGGAGAAUGCAGAUUACCUCAAAGAACAGAAAGAAAAGGAGGAGAAGAUAGCGAAAGAGAAGGAGCUGGGUAUCUACAAGGAGAAAAAGCCAAGGAAAAAGACUCUGAAGCGAGCGCCGAUCAACGCCAGCACGGCCGACGAGGCCAUCGAGAAGAUGCUCGAGCAGAAGCGAAUCUCCACUAAGAUUAACUACGACGUCCUGAAGGACCUGAACCGCUCGAGCGUGAAGAGCGCUUCGCCCGAGCCGAAGGAGUCUCCGAGCCGCUCCACGCAUAGGAGGACGCCGUCAACACGCCCACAAAGACCCAAGCCGUUCUCCGCCAGCCUGGCUAUACCAGCCAGCAACUUCAACAAGAGGUUACGACCACUGAUCUCAGCACAGCCCACUAAGAAGCCGCUCCUGGAUGAGCUGGUGUCUGAGGCUCCAGAGGCCCCGGCUGUGGUUACCCACAAUGCCGCGGUGGUGGAGAGUGGACCCGUAACCUAUGACGACCCGGGAGAGGAAGAGGAGGAGGAAGAAGAGGAGCAGUGCGUCAGUGCCAUGCAGCUCAUGGGAGGAGACGAUUACGGCUAUGAUUUUGACGACGAGGAUUGACUUUAAAACCACUGUGUGUGAGCGAAAUGGACUGCUAAAGACACAAGCUGCUAACACUGCACAUUCACACACACUCACACACACACACACACACACACACACACACACACACUUCUGUUGCUGCCUUAUACUACAGUAUUGUUUUACACACACACACUUUAUUGCUGCUGAUAUUAUACUAAGUGCAUUCAUACAUGUACAUUUACCUCAUUUGGCAGAUGAUGUAUCUUUUAUUACUUUGUUUUAUCCCAAAUAAGGUCCAAUUAGUGAGACAGGGAGAAUAGAACAGUCUUCAUCGCUUGUGUGUGUGUGUGUGUGUGUGUGUAUGUCUGUGUGUGCGCGCACGUUCGCUUGGUUCCUGUAAUCAUAUUAGCGUGACAUCCAUGGAGCUGAAUGAGUUCUCAUGGCCAUGUGCCUUGAAAUAGAUUAGACUUUAUUGUUUGUCUGUGUGUUUGUCUGCGUGUGUGUUGGAGUGUUCUGUGUGUGUGUUGGAGUGUUCUGUGUGUGUGUUGGAGUGUUCUGUGUGUGUGUUGGAGUGUUCUGUGUGUGUGUUGGAGUGUUCUGUGUGUGUGUUGGAGUGUUCUGUGUGUGUGUGUUGGAGUGUUCUGUAUGUGUGUGUGUUGGAGUGUUCUGUAUGUGUGUGUGUUGGAGUGUUCUGUAUGUGUGUGUGUUGGAGUGUUCUGUAUGUGUGUGUGUUGGAGUGUUCUGUAUGUGUGUGUGUUGGAGUGUUCUGUAUGUGUGUGUGUUGGAGUGUUCUGUAUGUGUGUGUGUUGGAGUUUUCUGUAUGUGUGUGUGUUGGAGUGUUCUGUAUGUGUGUGUGUUGGAGUGUUCUGUAUGUGUGUGUGUUGGAGUGUUCUGUAUGUGUGUGUGUUGGAGUGUUCUGUAUGUGUGUGUGUUGGAGUGUUCUGUAUGUGUGUGUGUUGGAGUGUUCUGUAUGUGUGUGUGUUGGAGUGUUCUGUAUGUGUGUGUGUUGGAGUGUUUUGUGUGUGUGUGUGUGUGUGUGUGUGUGUUGGAGUUUUGUGUGUGUGUUGGAGUUUUGUGUGUGUGUUGG